AUGAUAAAAUUUGAUCUCCUAUGUGCUGCCAUCUUUGCGUAUUUGAUUGCGGUGGCGCACACUCAAAACGACUGCCAAGCGUGCACUAAUACGCUCAAUCAGGUGAUGACCUGCACCGACGUUACUAAUCUCGAUGAAUUGCAGUAUGUACUAAUAGCAACAAGAGUAAAGUGUGGAUGUUAUCAGGAUCUCAUUGAUGGAUAUGCGAGUUGUCCUUAUUGCUCAACAUACGAUUCAUAUUACUUUCCUUCGGUCUCCACCGUUGUUUCUACAUGUCAAAAAUACAAUUAUUCCGUAACGGUGCCUAGCAGCACUAACACCGCUGGCAGCGAUCCGGGAAGCAGCAACAACUCACCAUUAAACGAUGGAAGCAGCAACAACUCACCAUUAAAUAAUAGAAGCAGCAACAACUCAUCAAAUGGUGGGCUUAGCAAAGGCGCUAUUAUUGGUUUAGCUAGCGCGGGUGUUCUCCUAGCCUUUCUUAGUGUCGCAUUGGUCGUUUAUUACAAGUGGCUAAAAGUCAAAAAAGUGAAAGAUGAGAAAAUCAGUCAAUCUUAG